AUGGUCGGAGACAAACGCUCCUUCUCCCAGAGAUGGGCGUCCUACGAUGUUGUUUUUCAGAGGAGAAUUCUGCCCAAACCCACCAGGAAAAGUCGCACAAAGAACAAGCAGAAGCGUCCCAGGAGCCGCACCUUGACCGCGGUCCACGAUGCCAUCUUGGAGGACCUGGUGUUCCCCAGCGAGAUCGUUGGAAAGAGGAUCAGAGUGAAGCAGGACUGCAGUCGGCUCAUCAAGAUCCACCUGGACAAAGCUCAGCAGAACAACGUGGAACACAAAGUGAGUCCACGUAGAUGUGACCGUAUAUUCAGAUAACAGAAACCACUUCAACUCAUCGUUACCUCGUUAAUCCUUUGGUUUACUGUAAGUCAGAUGCAUUGACACAAAGCCUUGCAUACGUCUUCAUAACGAACCAGAACCCCACAGUUUUAAAUUGAUCUGAAACUAAGUGAUCGUGUAUUUUGAAAACUUGAAGCCCUCAUAGGUGCUAUUCUGGUUGGCCGUCUGAAAAGCAUCCAACGCAUUGAUUGUUUAAAACAUUUAUUCAGACGUGAAAAAGCAUGUCUACUUCAAAUAAGAACUUUAGCUCUGAGAACUUUUAAAGGAAAUGUUAUGCUACGUUCAGACACUUAAUGAUCCAUUCAAAUUGAUGGCUCAAGAAAAAAUAAGUCUAAAGCAAACUGAAAACGUUAUUUCAUGAUCAUUUUGCAUUGCUUUCAUGCUGGUCCUUCUGAAACUCAACAUCAAGACACAAUGAAUCAUAGCUUUAAUGAUACAUGAGGUUUCAAUAAACUAAAAACAGACCUCUUCCACAACCUUGAUGAUGAUGAUGAUGAUGAAUGUGUGUAUUCUGUGUGAACCCGACAUGGAUAUCCAGCGAGGUUGCUCUCCUGGCUCUGUCCUUGUGGCGUAUGGGAGCGUAGCGUUCAGCUGAGACGUAAAGUCCCGUUCCACGAUGUCGGAGACAAAGCUCUUCUCCAGAGAUGGGCGUCCUGUAUAUUCCUACAUCUUCCCAGAGUCCUUUGGGGCCAUUACUGGGGGGCUAAACCAUGCAGUGCACAAUAUCUGA